ACAAGAAAAGCAAAUAGUAAACAAUAAUGACAGAUUAUCGAAAAUGGUGCCGUAUUUGUGGAGCAUUAGAAAGUUUAGCAGAAAGAACCAUAGAAGCGGCACAUUUGAGCAGUCAAAUAUUUGAUAUUCCUGUGGAGGAUGUUACAAUGUGUUUUGACUGUAGUUACCAAAUAGAAACGAUUUGCGAAAUGAAAAUAACAGCAAACAAACUAAGUCGUUUAUUUUUUGGAUUAAAGGAGGAAAGCGAUGUUGAUCUCACAAUUCCGAGAUUAAAUGCUUAUCGUGCUCACUUUAAUCUCAGAACAAUGAUUCAAGAUGAUGAAGAUUUAGUGAUUGUAAAAGUGGAACAAAGUAAAACACAAGCAAUGACAGAAUGCGAGUACAAAGAAAUGGAAGACGAGGAAAGUGAAAUUUUUAAGAAAAUGGAAACAGUUAAAGAGACAACAAUUACGGAAAUAGAUUCGAAUAUGAUUUAUGAUGAUGAUGAUGAUGAGACAGAAUAUGUAACAAUUAAAGAUGAAAUGAUAGUUGAGGAAGAUGAAAGUAAGAUUUUUGUUACAUAUCAAGAAAAUAUUGAAGAAUGUAUUGAGGAAAGUUGUGUUGAUGAUCAUUACUACAUCGAAUAUACCAAAGAAACUCCAAUGACACCGGAAGAACAUGAAAACCACCAAAGCCUGAGAAACGAAAGAUCUUCGAUAAGUGAAAAGAAUGAAGAUGAGAAACUCUUCAACUUCCAUUGCCAUGUUUGUGAUCAUCCAGAAUUUAUGAAGAUGAAAUCACUCGAAUCGCAUUGCAAAACCGUUCACAAUUGUUUACCACAAGUUAAAUGUUGUUCUGAUGAUUGUGAUUCAGUUUUAAGCACUUGGCGUCGUCUUAUGAUACAUAAAAGCAAGCAUUUCCCUAAUGAAGAUGAUUUCAGAUGCAAUGACUGCAAUCGAGCUUUUGCAACCAUCGGUGGGUUAGAGAAACAUUUGUUAACACAUAACACAAAAUUCAUCUGCACUCAUUGUGGGAAGAGCUUUAAAGAGACCAAAACUUUGAAAUGCCAUGAAAGAACUCAUGUUGUGUCCAUAGAAGAUCGACGAAAUCACGAAUGUCCAUUUGUAGGAUGCGAUUUAAAAUUCAUCACCAAACAAGCAUGCCAAAACCAUUAUGAAAUGAAACAUAAUAGAAUUGUCAACUUUUAUUGUCAAGAAUCUGAUUGUGGAAAAGGUUUUUACACGAGAAAACAUUUUUAUGAACAUCAACGCGUACACAGUGAUAGAAAAUUUCAUUGCAAUCAAUGUGAAUUCAAAACCAAAACCAAAUCAGCUCUCAAUGUUCAUAAAGAAGUUCACACUGUUGAUGAUGCUUACUCAUGUGAUUUAUGCAAUGCAACUUUUUCCGCCUUUCGUCGAUUGAAAUCUCAUAUGAUCGUUCACUCCGAUCACACACCACAUCAAUGUGAAUAUUGUGACUCAGCAUUCAAAAGGAGAAAAGAUCUCAAAUCACAUCUCACAGUUCAUACAAAAGAGCGACCAUACUGCUGUCAAUUUUGUUCGCGAUCAUUUGCAAAUGCUGCCAAUUGUAGAAAACAUAAAUUAAAGGAUCAUAAUGAUGAUCUCAAACGAUGGGAAUCUGUCAAUGGCGUUGGUGGUCGAAAGAAUCUCCAAUGUUAUCAAUAA